AAUCAUAGUUAAUGACCACGAAUUCAUUAACAUGUUUUUUUGAAUUUUUUUAUUAAGAUAUUAACAGUGUGAAAAUAAAAGGUUGUAACACAAAAUAAUUGAGAAGAAAGUACGCCACAAAGAGUACAAAAUGAAGAUAUUUAAAGAUAUAUGAAACAGGAAAAAAUCAUUAUAUUGCCACUCAUAUGAACAUUUCGAUAAAACAACAGAAUAAUUGCGUGUGUUCUUAUCUAGUGACGUCGAUGAGGUGUAAUUAUAAAAUAUACAAGACAAACGUAGGGUGCGGAAGAGACUACCAGAAGAUUAGCGUUCUAUCGAUUAUACUAUCAGUCAGGUUUUCAUUAAAUAGAAAAUACGAAGCAUGUAUUCUAGUCGCGCAGUUUAUUUCUCUACAAUCGUCGAACAAUGGAAAUGAAUGAAGAAUAGGAAAUAUAACAGAUAAGAUUAAAGAGAAAGUAUAUUAUCUAUUAUAACGUAUAUCAAACUUUCAGCACAUCUAUAAGUUGACGUUAUGUUUGGAAAAUAAUGCAUGUUUUUAUCAGGUUUUAUACGUAAAUUUCAUUUUCAUAGUAUCAAAUUUUUGUAGCCAUACGAAAGCUAGUAAAUGUGAUUACCACUGGUGAAUAUUUUGUUCUAAAAUUAUUAGAUGUUCGAGCUAUGAACAGAUAUAAACAGUUACAUGGAAUUGAAAAUUUUCUGCAGUUAAUAUGCACGAUAUUAAUGAAUAUCUAACAACAGGAAGAGCAGCCAUUUCGGUGCAUUAAAUGUUCCAUUAACUUAUGAGCUAAGCGGCCGCAGAGUCGAUUGUUUGCUUUUCUUUCAUUAAGCGGUGCUCGUGGCGCAAGGUGUAAAAUUAGGUUAAGGUUAAGCCAUGUAAAUGGCCGUGUAACCAUGUAACAGUUGCAGCCUCGUUGACGCAACGAUCGACAGAAAUCGCCGGGACGAAAACGCGAGUCUAUGCAGAGAAACCAACGGUAUAUGUAUAAUUUAUAACAGGGAACCGCGUAUAUUAAAUGUAGAGUAGCGUUAAAACGUCGCGUGCGGUAUAGUAUAGUACGCGAUAACGGGUUAUUCCCGAAACGCGAGAAAGUAUACACAGAGAUCGAUCUUCCGUUCAGGAAGUCUGUAUUCCACGAAACCGUACCUCGUGCGAAAGUCGAUACAAAAGCCGCUACCAGAGGCUAAUUUUUCUCCGUCUUUAUUUUCAACAACCAAGUAAUCGUGCGUGCACGUAAUCAUUUAUUCGACACCACAGCGCGUCAACAUAUAACGUUGGUAGCAAGCACUGUGAAUGCGAAUUGCAAGUGUUUUUAUUGAAAGCAGAAACAGAAUAGAUGCUUAUUUGACGAUCAUGAAGAACGAUCGAGUAAACAUCUUGUGCUGAUUCGAUUAACUGUGCUUCGUCCAUUUCCAAGAGUAUUGAUUCUAACCAGUGUACUGAAUAGUGUUCGAUCUAAAGAAGAAUGACUUAUAGAAAGCAGAUUUUAAUGGACUUCGCGGAGAUGUAACAUGUGUAUUUAUGUGAAUAGUGCACUAAUCGAUGGUGCAAUACUGUUUCCCAAUGUAAUAGCACCAGCAAUGUCCUUGGAGGAGUCGCGGCGUUCGCAGCGUCCCUACAGGUACGGAAUGGUUCUCCUUUGCGUUGGAGCACUGAUAAACUGGUUAGGCCUCGCAGAGAACUACGUCGAACCGGUACGAUAUGUUGGUGUUGCUUGCAUAAUCGCAGGCGCACUUCUCAUAUGUGCCGCAAUGUGUUGUUGGCUGCACGCACCGCCAAGUAGGGCAACCAUGCACACACAACACACAAAUCAUCCAAUCACAGCACAGAUCGACGAUCCUAUUCACGUAAUCUCCAUUGAGGAACCAUCUAGUGGAUCCAGACAAAAACCACCAGAUUACGAAGCGGUUACGGACGCGCCACCUAGCUACGACGAUGCCAUCAAGUUGAAUCCUAGUCAUCUAUUUAGGCCGAACAAUAGCAACACGUUGUCAUUACCAACUGUACACAACAUGGUUCCUAGAACCGUGGAGAUUGUUUCUAGGGACCCGACGCCGUCGCCGCCGCCGCCUUACGCGAGGUGAAAUAUUUGGCAAUACCACUCAUGAUCGCGACAAGAAAGGCUUGCGGCAUGCUAGAGUUCCUGUGUAUUGCAAUACAUCUACCAACCGACCAAGUACAAGAGUGCAAAGAUGGUACGAACCAUUCAGCCGUUCGUUAUAGCUGUUACAGCACCGUCAAGGAUGGGAGAGCCUCGUUUAAGUAGACCUCUUUUAAGUAGACUAAAGAUAUUUGUGUUCAAAGAAUCAAACGAACAGUUCUCCAAACGGGACUCCGCUUUUGUCACUGAAUCAACGCAACGACACGAUCGAAGCUAGAGUCGUAUUACAUUGGUCGUUACGUUUGAUCGAUGGAUUUCACGAAUCUGAAACGGAUGGCGAAUUUUGUUACAAGAACUUGAGAAAUUCGAAGAAGAGAGAGCUCAAGAGAGUCAAAGGGAAUGUAAACAUUGUGCCUUCUGCAAAGCGCCUAGAGAGACACAAGCCUAAAUGUUUGCACAAGAUACUCAUGACUUGAUACGUAGUUCCAGAGCUGUCGAAACUUCAAGUGAACUUGUCAAUAAACCAGUAUAAGCAUGAUUAGCGAACUCGUCUGGCUAAUUUAGAGUGAAUCUAAAAUAGCAAAUACGAAUUGUCGAUAAUUCGAUACACUUCGAUGCGUUUGUACAUUGUUAUAUCUGUACACAAUCUAUAAACUGUAUCCAUUGUCAUUAAAAAGAAUAGGAUUUGCUAUGGUCGAAGAACUUAAGAGACCUUUACGUCUUAAGAGACCUUAAAAGACGUGUAGCAAUUGGAGAGGGAAGCCCUAAAACGUGCCGGAACUAGAGAUGUUCUGAAUUUCAUUGCUUCGACAAUCCCGUGGCUUUUUAGAGGAAAUACGUUUGCUUGCCAUAUAAUUUCGAUGAUUAUCAUUUUUACACGAUGUACAUACCAUAUGCAAAACUCAUUCACACGUCCAUUUUAUUGUGAUAUAUACGAUUAUGCAGGUAUUAUAUAAUACGUUACUAUGUCAAGUUCGACGUUGCUUUGUGAAACAAGACUCUUUUUUUAUAACGAAAAUGCAAAUAUAAUGAUAGGCAACUUUUAAA